AUGUUGAAUGGGCGUAGGGUUAGGUCGGAAUCCGAAACUUUCUCCAUGCGCAAGAGAGUUGACUUGACAGUGGAUAACGUAGCCGAGGACGACACAGGAGGUGCAGCAAUGAUCGGAGUCCCGACGACCAAGCCGCGAACGUCACCGCCGGCAACAGGAGGACCCGCCACCGGCAACGGAAAUCUAGGUCCGAAUGGUCGCGCUGACCAGCCCCAGGGCAGCAAAACAAGGGGGAUAGAGACGGGAACUUACCUCAGACUUCAGCUUCCGACCGGCAGAAGACCGAGACCGCCAUCCAGCCCCGCCGCCGCGAAUCAGAUCUCGGAGUCGAAGUUCCGCCAGAAGAACCCACCGGCGUUGCUCCAAACCAUCGCGAGAUCCAGACCAUAG